UAUGAUGAACAAGUUAUGCCUCUGUCUUUGGGAACUUCCGCAGGAAAAUUAACCAGGUCUCUCAUCUUCCCCUCAACUCUUUCCCUGUGGAGCUUCCUCAGAGUUUUUGGACUUAAACGAAAACACUGUGGUGGCCCUUCCCCGGGUGGCGGUGCCUCCUGGCACCUUCGGAAUGUCCUCAGUGAUUCGGUGGAGAGUUCAGAUGACGAAUUCUUUGAUGCUAGAGAGGAGGUGGCUGAAGGGAAGAAUGCCAUCCUUAUUGGAAUGAGCCAGUGGAGCUCCAAUGACCUGGUGGAGCAGAUUGAGACCAUGGGGAAGCUGGAUGAACAUCAAGGAGAAGGAGCUACAGCGUGCACGUCCAGCAUCUUGCAGGAGAAGCAGCGAGAACUGUAUCGGGUGUCCCUUAGAAGACAGAGAUUCCCAGCUCAAGGAAGCAUCGAGAUCCAUGAAGAUGGCGAGGAAGGCUGCUCACAGCGUUCCUGUAAGACACACGUUCUCCUGAUGGUGCUGCAUGGGGGCAAUGUCCUGGACUCCGGCUCUAGUGACCCUUCCUGCAAGGCGGCCGACAUUCACACCUUCAGUUCCGUGCUGGAGAAGGUCACGCGCGCCCACUUCCCCGCUGCCCUGGGCCACAUCCUCAUCAAAUUUGUCCCUUGUCCUGCCAUCUGCUCGGAGGCUUUCUCGCUCGUCUCGAACCUGAACCCCUAUAGCCACGACGAGGGCUGCCUCAGCACCAGCCAGGACCACGUUCCCCUGGCUGCCCUGCCCCUGCUGGCCAUCUCCUCUCCACAGUACCAGAAUGCUGUUGCCACUGUCAUCGAGAGGGCCAACCACAUCUAUGGAGAGUUUCUCAAGUCCUCGGAUGGGAUUGGCUUCAGUGGCCAGGUGUGUCUCAUCGGGGACUGUGUGGGCGGCCUCCUGGCUUUCGAUGCCAUCUGCUACAGUGCCGGACCCUCAGGGGACAGCCCUGGCAGCAGCAGCCGGAAGGGGAGCAUCAGCAGUACCCAGGACACCUCUGUGGUGGAGGAGGACUGCGAUCUGGCGAGCAGCAAGCGUCUCAGCAAGAGUAACAUCGAUGUAUCCAGUGGAGUGGAGGAUGAGGAGCCCAAGAGGCCAUUGCCACGGAAACAGAGUGACUCCUCCACCUAUGACUGCGAGGCGAUCACCCAGCAUCACGCCUUCCUCUCAAGCAUCCACUCCAGCGUGCUGAAGGAUGAGGCCGAGGUUCCUGCAGCUGGCACGCCCCAGCUCUCUGAGGUCAGCCUGGGUCGCUUUGACUUUGACGUGUCUGACUUCUUCCUCUUUGGCUCACCCCUGGGCCUGGUCCUGGCCAUGCGGAGGACAGUGCUGCCUGGGAUAGAUGGUUUCCAGAUGCGUCCUGCCUGUAGCCAGGUCUACAGCUUCUUCCACUGUGCGGAUCCCUCAGCCUCACGGCUGGAGCCACUGCUGGAGCCCAGGUUCCACCUGGUGCCUCCCGUCAGUGUGCCUCGCUACCAGAGGUUCCCCCUGGGCGAUGGACAGUCUCUCCUGCUCGCUGAUGCCCUGCACACCCACAGCCCCCUAUUCCUGGAGAGCAGCUCCUGGGGAAGUCCCCCGCUUCUGGAUGCCCCUGCCUCACCCCUUCAGGCCCCAAGAUUCCAGCACUCAGGACGGAGGCUAAGCGAAGGCAGCUCCCAUAGCGACAGCUCAGAGUCCUCGGACAGCCUGGCACCUAUGGGAGCCUCCCGCAUCACAGCCAAGUGGUGGGGAACCAAGAGGAUUGACUACGCCCUGUACUGUCCUGAUGUCCUCACCGCCUUCCCUACUGUGGCCCUACCCCACCUCUUCCACGCCAGCUACUGGGAGUCUACCGAUGUGGUCGCCUUCAUCUUGAGACAGGUGAUGCGUUAUGAGAGCGCAAGUGUGAAGGAGAGCACUGGCCUGGACCCCACGGCUCUGAGCCCCACUAACCCCCGUGAGAAGUGGCUGCGCAAGAGGACCCAGGUCAAGUUGCGGAACGUUACCGCGAACCACCGUGCCAAUGAUGUAAUUGCUGCGGAAGAUGGCCCCCAGGUCCUGGUGGGACGCUUCAUGUAUGGCCCUCUUGACAUGGUGGCUCUGACUGGAGAGAAGGUGGACAUCUUGGUGAUGACAGAGCCAUCAUCAGGCCGCUGGGUCCACCUGGACACAGAGAUCACCAACAACAGUGGCAGGAUCACAUACAAUGUGCCCCGGCCCCGGCGCCUGGGGGUUGGUGUCUACCCUGUAAAGAUGGUGGUCAGGGGUGACCAGACCUGUGCGAUGAGCUACCUCACGGUGCUGCCCCGAGGCAUGGAGUGUGUUGUGUUCAGCAUUGACGGCUCCUUUGCGGCCAGUGUGUCUAUCAUGGGAAGUGACCCCAAGGUCCGGCCAGGGGCAGUGGAUGUUGUUCGGCACUGGCAGGACCUGGGCUACAUGAUCCUUUACAUCACGGGGCGGCCGGACAUGCAGAAGCAGCGGGUAGUGUCGUGGCUGUCCCAGCACAACUUCCCACAGGGCAUGAUCUUCUUCUCGGAUGGACUGGUGCACGACCCGCUGAGGCAGAAGGCCAUCUUCCUUCGCAACCUCAUGCAGGAGUGCUUCAUCAAAAUCACUGCGGCCUACGGCUCCACGAAAGACAUCUCCGUCUACAGUGUGCUGGGCCUCCCUGCAUCCCAGAUCUUCAUUGUGGGCCGGCCCACCAAGAAGUACCAAACCCAGUGCCAGUUCCUGAGUGAAGGCUAUGCCGCACACCUGGCAACACUGGAGGCCAGCCACCGCUCGCGCCCCAAGAAGAACAACUCGCGCAUGAUCCUGCGCAAGGGCAGCUUUGGAUUGCAUGCACAGCCGGAGUUUCUGCGCAAGCGCAACCACCUGCGCAGGACCAUGUCUGUGCAACAGCCGGACCCACCUGCCUCCAACCCCAAGCCCGAGAGGGCACAGAGCCAGCCUGAGUCCGACAAGGACCACGAGCGGCCGCUACCUGUGCUCAGCUGGGCGCGUGGGCCCCCCAAGUUCGAGUCGGUGCCCUGAGGGGUGGGCGGUGCUCAGAACAGGGGCAGCUAGGCGGCCUGCAGGGAAGGGAAGGGUUGCCUUCUCCCUGACACAGGCGUUUUCCUGCUUUUUCCCUCCCGUGUCUGUCCAGCAGUGUCCGACCAGAGCAGGGAGGGACCUUGCCCUGACAUUGGGGAGCUCUCUGGGCUGCAAUGGGGUGAAAUCUGGGGUGUCUCAGUGCAGCCGCCUGUGAUAUGCCCGUGCCCACAAGCCAGAGUCAGGGGUGAUGUGUGAAUGUGACCCUUGGGCCAAGCCUGCCUGUGCCCAGUGUUUGGGUAAAGUCGACCAUCUUUUCGAGUCCUGAGGUUUCUGUAGCCGCGCUAGGCAGGCUCACACUAGAGAAGCCCCCAGCGCUGGGUAGAUGGCCGGACAGGUGUUUGCCUCGGGCCGGCCGCUUGCAGGUGCAGCAACUUGACUGUGUGUAGAAGAGUGAGUGGCGUUUGUGCCUGCCCUCCUUGUGACAUCCGGGGCACCACUUUGGGGUUGGCUGUCUCAUGACACAGUGAGAUCAUUUUGUGGGAGCGGACAAUUCCCUGGGUCCAAUCUAUGUAGGUGGAGUCUGUCCACAGCCCUGGGGAUCGGGUCUGGUGCUGACUGUCUUGCCGCUGUCCUUCGUUCCCCGUGUUCUCUGUAUCUUUAUUCUCCUGUGGCCCCUGAAGACAGAUGUUCCUCUUCCUUGUGCACUUUCCUGAGAGGCAGCAGGCCACAGACUCUGACCUGAGUUGGUCCGGCCGUGUGCCCUUGAGUCUGUAGCAUAUCCUCCUUGGGCCCUACUGUUUUCUGUAACUAGAAGGGGCCUCCUGGCUGAGAUGGGUACUGGCUUUGACUCCUAGGCUGUCCAGCUUUUCGGCUCUCUGGGGGCCCAGUGGGCCUCCUCCUCCUCAUCCCAUCCCUCCCCACCCUGAGAGAGGGAUUCUAGGGUGAGGCUGAAAGGGAGCCCAGUACCUCAGAGGAAGAAAGCUACCACUUCAUGGAGAACAAACUGGUUUGUGCACACUGAGGGGAAAAAAACAAAAACAAAAACAAAAACCGACUUCCUCCCACCAACAAAGGGGACCACAUGGCUGCCCCUCCCAUAGCUCUGCUCAGACUGACUUUUUUCUUUAGGUUUCUGGAAUGCAUGGAGCUGAGAGCUCGGGAUCUUGGAGGUUCAUGGAAUAUUGGCUCAAGCUGUUGUAUUCUCUUCCCCUCUCUGGCCACUACGUUUGGUUUGAGCCUAGAACCUCCUCCAUGGUAGUCAGACCCCUUGGGUGGUGGCAGGGGGUGUUCCUUUGCUGCCAAGUCCUUGGCCUUGGCACAGUCUCCCCUUGCUCCCUGGCCCGGGCUGACACCUGUUGUAUGGCCUCCUGGGUGUCUUAGAAGCCCCUGGGCUGCCCCUGAGGCCAGAGCCAAACAUCUGUGUACACAGCAGGCACUCGUCAGCUCAGUGUCGCUUCUGUUCAAUGUCUACCUCUUGCAGCUCCCAUGCAGCCUGUGGUGGCUGCUGAUGGGGGUGGCUGGCACCGCGGUGUGAGUUGCCCCGCAAACUGGGCACCUCACUUGGGCUGGAGGGGGUGUGGGCUCCCAGGACCCACCCUGCUUUUUCCACUUAAAUGUCUUCUCCAGCCUGCCAGCCAGCUCCUGUUCCCUCUGCCCAUCCCAUCCCAUCCUAUCUACUGGCUCUUCCACUGCACCAUGAGCACUGUAUCUGGCAAACCAAACCCAUCACUGCCAAGGCGGCUGCCGAGAGGGCAAGGAAGUAUGGGACCAGCUUCAGCUUCCUCUUUCUGUCCCCCCUCCUAGAAGUUCAUACCUGCCCUGCUUCUCACCAUUCCUCUUAGAGAUUCAUACCUGCCCCCACCCCCACCCCCAUUACCCCCCACUAACCCCCCAUUCCUCUUAGAAAUUCAUACCUCCCGCCUCAUUCUUGCCUAUCUUUUGGCACCAGCUCAUAUGGCAUAGCCACCUUAAUUGCAGUCCUUCCCCCUAAACGCUGUGGUUGGAGCUUGGCUAGACCAGAUUCUUUCCCAGCCCUUCAUCUCCUCUCAGCAGGAGCCACCUGGUCUAACUUUCAAAUGAGAACCCCAGGCGGAGUCAGUGUGCGAGUGGGGGACCCCGCCCCUCCCGGGAGACUGGAGCCAGUGACAGGGCUCUGUGGGUCAGAGCCGGCCAGAGGCCCCAUCCCCCUUUUGCUAGAGCCCCACAUUGGGGCUUGGGUGACCCCUUUUGUGAGAUGCCGCUGGGGUACAGGUGUUGCGCACACCACCCUAGGAGCUGCGGCCGGUGCGUGUGAAGGUACGCACUCGCCGCUCUGUUGAGCGAACAGCUCGGUAUUGCUUCCUGGCAACUGUACUCCGCCUGCGCGCUUUCUGCACCUGCUCUGUUGAGUUAGGUCAGAGACAAAAGGAGCCGAUUCCUAGUGCUCUUCGGAGGGGAGUGCGGUCGCCUCCUCUAGUAGUUCUGUGUGAUACCCCAUCUAGCUGUUUUCUAGCGACCUCUAGCUCCUGGUGUGCCUGCUCUCCAGCUGCUGGAAACAUGUUCCUGCUUGACCAAAGUUCCUGUAUCUGAGUGGCAUGUUUGUUCUUCCUGUGUGGUGGCUGUCCUGACCUAGCUGAGGGAUGCCUGACACCUUCCUUUAUCCCCUGUCCUGUUGUGGGUUGCUGGAGUCUGCUCUUUCAGCCUCAUGCCCCUCACCCCCCAAAGACUGACCCUUCUCGGAAGCACCACAAGAUAUUUUUUAAAAAAUAAAUUAUUUUCAUGCAUUCAGACAAACAGCCUUCCUGCCUGGGUGCUGGGCUACAACAAAUGUAUCUGAACCCCAGUAUUCCUGAGAUUGGGGUGGUUCUCUGAAGGAGGGAAGGCUGUAUCUAAUGGUUUUUAAACUGUACUUUGGGCACUUUGCAGCCCAGAGCUGCGCCCCAGAAGUAUCCUGCAGACAAAACAUGGCACCUAUCUUUAAUUGAAGAAUGGGCCCUGCCAGACCGGUGCACCCGGGUCUGGAAGAAGUGCCAGUUUUGCAGGUAUACUCUGCACCCAGCUCAGGUGAAGCCCCGCCAGGGAGGGCACCCUGACUGUAGGAGCCUUGCAGUUGACCCCGCCUUAAACAACCACUUUCCAGCAGAAUCCCUGGGGUUCCAUUCCAAGUGCUCUGGAAAUUAAAAAAAAAAAAAAAAAUCCCUUUUCUUUCCCUUCUGGGCUAGGGAGGAAUUUCUUAUACACCCAAGUUAAGUGUUUAGUACAAGUAGCAAAGCCUGGCUGAGUUCUGAUCUUGCUGGAAACCAAUGGAGGUUGGAAGGAAGUCAGAAUUUGACUCCACUCUGCGGUGGCUCAGAAGAGGUGGGGGACAACAAGGAGCGGUAGACACAGUGGCCAGCGUGGGACAUGCCCCCUCAGACCCAGACCCACUGUCCUUUUCUCUUUGUUUACUCAGUGGUGGCAGCCAGUCUGACCUUGUCUGCGGUCUGCCUGUCCCUGUGUGUAACUUCCAGUACUCUCUGUGAUGGCUGGUUCUUGAUAGAAAAGGCUUAUUAUAGUCCUCAUGGCUGCCUUGUACAAAAUCCGUUAGAAAAGAAAAUGUAAAAUAUCCAAUUUCUAACCAGACAAAAACAGCAUUAUGGAGUUAAAAGAUUUUUACAAUUGGUCUUGAUUUUGAUGUGAGCUGUUUUUAACUCUGAAACGUUGUCACUUAAAUAAAAACCUUAUUUGCCUUUA